UAUUAAUAUGCAAACAAGCCCUCCAUGCCAAUAACCUGAAGCAUAAUAUUUAGAUAAUUAUGAAAAUUUUGAAGAAGUAACCAAAACAUUUAAUUGUCUCCAAAAAAUUCAUUAACCUCUUGAACAAGAAGCAACUUAUUUUUUGAUACGUGCUCCAACUAAAGAUAAUGUUCAUCGGGCUAUUAAAUACGGCAUCUGGACUAGGUAGAUAUACUAUUAAAUCUUUAGUUCGAGUCGUAAUAAUUAGAAAUUAAAUGAUGCGACCCGUCCAGUUUAUCUAUUAUUUAAUGUUACACAGACAUCUCACUUUAUUGGAUUGGCUAAAAUUGUCAGUAAUUUCAGAGAAAACAAGCAUUUUAUGUAUUGGGCAGAGGAAAAUAAAUGGUUUGGCUCUUUCCAGAUUGAAUGGGUAACAAUCCUAUAAACAAAAGGUCUUUGUAAGAGAUUUACCAUAUAGCGAAUUAAGCUCAAUUUAAUAAUCUGGAGGAAAAUGCAUUCAUGAAUUAAUUGAUUGCACUUAAAUUGAAAAUGGGGAUUUGAUCUAUACUGCCUUUGAAAAUUAACCAUAGAAAAGCUGCAUGUUGAAGACCUUCAAGGAAUUGGACAAUUCAGAAGUAAUUAUUAAUUUGUAUUUUCUUAGAAAAGAAAGAGAAAUGAAAGAGACUCCAAUCCAAAUUUUGCCAUCUAGUUUUAAGAAUAUAUAAGUGUCUUUGAAUCUAUGCCAUUCACUUUUUCCGUAGCUUCUUAUUAAAGAAGAAAAUAGCAAUAGAUUCAAAAUUAAUGUUAUUAAUAAUAUUAAUAUUAUUACUAAAGUCCUUGGUUCGGAGUUGGUAUAUUUUACUAUAAUUAUAGCCUAACCUUCAUUUUGGAAUUAAUAACACCAACUCUAAUAAUAGCCCAUAUAACAAUACUAGUAAUAAUAACAAUAAUAACAAUAAUAAUAAUAGCAAUAAUAGCAAUAAUAAUAACAAUAAUAAUCUUUAAAUAAUCCUGGUUUUUAUCAGACUUCCAAUUACAAUAGGCCCUAGACAUAAAAUCAUCAAAACAAUAAAUUUUAACAAAAGAAAUAAUUAAAUAAUAAAAAUAAUAUUCAACAGAGUCCAAAAAAAUAAUAAUGA